AUGAGCAAAUAUCUAUCGAAACUCAUUAAACCGCCCAGUGACUACGAAAGGUACGAGAAUGAUGCUUUCUCUCAGCAUCCAUUGAUGCGAUUUCGCCUCUCUAACAUCCGGGAGAGGAGGCAUUUCAGUCUGCUGAAGCACAGGGCGGCGCUGGGAAAGAUUCGUGUUUGUCGUACUAUUCCUGAAGACUUGUCGGAUGUUCUGCCACAGAGACAAGACAGACUCAGACAGAAGCUCUUUAUGUACGCCAAUAAAGCGCCCAUCCCAAAGAUUCUUCACCGUACUGAGCGGAAGAUUAUUGAAUAUGUUCCUGGGCGAUUGAGGAAUCGGUAUCCGGACGCUGUGGAGGAUUACAUGAAGGAAGUUCGCGAGGAUUACGAUAAAAUCAUUCGGGCGUUCAGUUUGCAAAAACUUCUGGUGCCCAAAGAGGGUGAAUUUGUGCCACCACGAGAAGAUUUUCGGUUGAAAGCGAAGGGUAGAACGAGAAAUUACCGGCAAUUUCUUGAGAAUCGCAGGAGAAUCGGAAGAAAUCUUCUCAUUACUGCCCCCUACAUCAGAUGCAUUGUUCACUUCUCUAGUCUUGAUUUUCCGGACGUGCUCAAUGAUUUGUCACGCUAUCGCAAGCUCGGGGAGAUAAUAUUGGAUGAGUUGGAAAAUAAGGCACGCAAGGAUUUGUACACAAAUGCAGAAUUCCUGAAGAAAUCCUGGUAUCCAAAGAUUGUGCGCGUGAUGGUGAAGUAUUACAAGAAGAAAGCCAUCAGUCGAGUGGAUUUGCCAAAGAUCCUGGAAUGUGCAUCAACACUGAUCAAUCGUCAGAUCACUGAACUGAAGAUCAGGACAUUGAAUAACAUUUGCGAAGUAAUUGAGGACAGAGAGAAGAUUCCUUACUUGAAAGUCAGUUUGAUUUGUGAGAAGCAAAUCGAUUUGUAUCCGACAUUGGAGAAGAUCUUCAAGGUUUAUCAUGACAUGAUGGAUGAUGUGGCAGAGAUUGCAAAUAAUUUAACCUCUCUUGAGCUGCUUGUGGAUCCGGAGAUGUUCAAGACUCACGAUGAACAUCUCAAAAUUGCCGUGGGAGAGAUUUACAUGAAAGAGGCCCAUGAGAGACUUAACAGGGUUCUUGAAAAUGCUUAUUCACCGGUGAUUCUGUAUCUGUCUGCCUUUCAGGAAGAGUACAAAUUCCUAUCAAGUCCAGCAACACAAAUCUCCAUUGAAGAAUUUCUCACAAUCAGUCACACAUUUGAUGAGUAUCUAACGAAAAUCGAUGAAAUUCAGGUGUUCAUUGAUAAACUGCGGCGAUGCAUUCAAAGGGAGUUCUUUGACUUUAUGACACUUAAUCAAUUUGAGGCGAUUCAGAGCCUCAGAGAAAUUGCAGACAUUCUUGUUGACAGAAUAACCGAUCAUAUUGUCUCUUCACAUCGACAAAUGUGUGAUGAUAUUUGCUCAACAUUUGUCGAGAUUAAGCGAAAAGCUCUGGAGAUUCCAAAAUCCACUGAGAGCCUCCUCGAAUCUGCUGAAUACAUGAACUACGUGAAGAGUCAGCAGAUGAAGGAACUGCAGGAUCGCAUUGAGGAGUGUCUCAAGAUUGGUGGCACACUGUUGGAGUUCAAGGAGCUCUCUAAAGAACACCUUCAAGCCCAAAUCUCCACCAUCAAUUGGUACAACAACAUUGAUGAUGUCUUCGAGCAGAACGCUCAACUGCAAGAGUUAUACAAAUUCCAAUUCGAGGAGCAUCUCCAGAAUGUGGCCAAGAAGUUGAAUGAGGAUAUUGCAGAAAUGCUGCCCACUCUCUCGAUCAUCGACGACAUGUGCGAGACUGACAAGUUCAGGGAGUACUAUGGUCUCCUCCAGAACAUCAUCGAUAAUCUGAGGGUGUUUGAAAAUUAUGUGGAGUGGCUGAACAAAGAGGAGAAGCUGUUCAAGUUCCCCAAAUCCACAUAUCCAGUACUCGAGGCGAUUAAGAAUUUUGUCAUUCCUUUCGCCAAACUCAUGAAACUCUGCAUUGAGUGGCUGAGACACUUUUAUGUGUGGAUGGACGGACCAUUUGAAUACCUGGAACCGAACUUUGUGGCCCAAACCGUCGAUGAAUAUCUGAAGGAGUUUCAAGAGACCCAGAAAUACUACCACAAUCGCAUCAAAGCUGAUCUCAUAGGGAAUCCGAUUUGCAAAUUCAGAGGACAAACCGAAGAUCCGUCUGUGGAGAAGCAUCCAGUUCCUUUGAAGCUGUGCUGGAAGAUGAUAAAUUGGAUUCAAGAUUUUCGACUGGGUGUGCAGAUCGUCAAAAUCAUCUGCAAUCCAGCACUGAGGGAGAGACACUGGAACGAAAUGUCCCAAAUGGUGGGUUUCGACUUGACUCCUGACGCUGGAACCACUCUGAGGAAGUUUAUCGAUUAUAAACUCGAGGAGAAGCUUGCAGACUUUGAGAUCAUCAGCAUUGGGGCGAACAAGGAGCUUCUCCUCCAAGAAAAUCUCACCACAAUGAUCGAAGAGUGGAAUGGAGUUCAGUUCCAAACUGGUCAGCUGAGGAACACAUCACUGAUGAUCUUCAAAGGUGUGGAGGAUAUUCAAGGAUUGCUUGGUGAUCACAUUAACAAAACCUUAGCCAUGAGAGGAUCAGCCUUCGUCAAGCCAUGUGAGGCUGAAGUGAAGCAGUGGUACUCCAAACUGGUGAGAGUUAAUUCAACCAUUGAACAGUGGUUGAGAGUUCAGAUGCUCUGGCUCUACUUCCUUCCGAUUUUCUCAUCUCCCGACAUUGUUGCCCAAAUGAUCAAGGAAGGUGAUCUGUUUAGGGAAGUCGAUGCAACAUAUCACAAAUACAUGGCAAUCAUUGCUGAAGAUGCUGAAGUUAUGAGGAUUGCUCCACUUCCUGGACUGCUAGAAGACAUGCAGGCGGCUAAUGACAAGCUAGACACGAUCACUUGUGGUGUUAAUGGAUAUUUGGACCGAAAACGGCUGUUCUUCUCGCGAUUCUUCUUCCUCUCCAAUGAUGAGAUGCUGGAAAUUCUCUCAGAAACCAAAGAUCCUGUUAAAGUGGAUUCUCACCUUCUGGCAAAGUGUUUCGAUGGCAUUCACAAACUCUCCUUUGAUGAUGAUCUCAACAUUCUAGGAAUUUGCAGCGAUCGAGGGGAGAAGAUCACGCUGCUAAGUUCAAUUUCCACACAAGAUGCUCGUGGGAGUGUUGAAAAGUGGUUGUCAGGAGUUGAGAGGGAAAUGAUCAGAGCGGUGAAGGAUGAAAUUUUCCGAGCAAAUCAGGAUUACUCCGCAAUUAAUCACAAAGAGUGGAUACUCAAGUGGCCACAAAUGGUAGUUCUCUGUUGUCAGAAAAUACACUGGACCCUCGAUGUGGAGUUGUGCUUGAGAGGCGGGAAUUCUUUUGCGAAUCUAAGAAAGAAAUUCACAGAACUUGAGAUGGAACUCAAGGAGAUUGUUGAUAUGAUGCGAUCAUCAGAAUUAACAAAUCUGCAUUGGACAUCACUGCGAUCACUGAUUGUAAUGAAUGUGCAUUCUAUGAAUAUCGUGAAGGAGCUUCUAGAGAAGAAGACCACCACUUCUGAUGAAUUCAUCUGGCUCGCUCAGUUGAGAUAUUACAUAAUUUCUCAAGAAGUUUCCCUGAAUAUCAUCAAUGCGAACAUUUCUUUCGGAUAUGAAUAUCUUGGGAAUCAUGAUCGUUUGGUCAUAACUCCGCUUACGGACAGAUGCCACAGGACAAUGAUUGCCGGCCAUCAGUUACAUCUGUUCGGAGCACCAGAAGGGCCGGCAGGCAGUGGAAAAACCGAGACUUGCAAGGAUCUCGCCAAAGCUUUGGCCAUUCAAUGCAAAAUCUUCAACUGCUCAGACUCGCUAGACUUCACGAUUGUGGGAAAAUUCUUGAAAGGUGCAGCUUCAGGUGGUGCCUGGAUUUGCUUCGAUGAGUUCAACAGGAUGCAACUGGAAGUUUUAUCCGUGGUUGCCCAACAAAUCUACACAAUCAUUCAGGCUAUUCGAGCGAAUCUGAUCAAAUUCCUCUUCGACGGUCUUGAGCUUCCCUUGAAAGCCUCUUGCUAUGUCUGCGUUACCAUGAAUCCUGGCUAUGUUGGACGAUCAGAACUUCCUGACAACAUUAAGACACUUUUCAGAACUGUGGCAAUGAUGGUACCGGAUUACAGGAUAAUCGGAGAGAUUUCUUUGUACUCCUUCGGAUUCCAAGAAGCUGGAAAAUUGGCCAGAAAAAUCGUGACAAUCUACCGCCUCUGUUCUGAACAAUUAUCCUCACAGCAUCACUAUGAUUACGGAAUGAGGACUAUAAAGAGCGUCAUAGUAGCUUGUGGGACUCUGAAAAAGCUCCUUCCUGAUGAGGAUGAAGAGAUCUUGCUAUAUAGAGCCUUGUCAGAUGUGAAUCUUCCGAAAUUUGUCUCCCAUGACAUUCCACUCUUCGAGAAUAUUAUGAAGGACCUUUUUCCCGGAAGAAUAGUACCUGCUAAGGAUCAACAAGAGUUUGAAGAAACUUUUACAGCAGUUUGCCAUGAGAAAAACCUUCAGAUGACGAAUAAUUUCCUCAUGAAAGCUUUGCAAAUCUAUCAUAUGAUGCUUGUUCGGCAUGGUUUAAUGAUUUUGGGAGAGUCAUUCGCUGGGAAAACCACUUGUUUGCGCGUUCUUGCAGACACUCUCAGAAAAAUCCUCCCAAAUCACCAGAGUGUCUCCAUUGCAAUUCUCAACCCAAAGUGUGUGACUAUCAGUGAACUUUAUGGCACUUUCAAUGGCGUGACUAAUGAAUGGACAGAUGGAAUCAUUUCGAAGAUCUUCCGACAAUUCUCUCAAGACACCAGCACAGAUUGGAAGUGGGUGAUCUUCGAUGGACCUGUCGAUGCAGUGUGGAUAGAAAAUCUCAAUACAGUCCUCGAUGAUAAUCGCAAACUCUGCCUUACUUCUGGGGAAGUCAUCAAAAUGCCGACCAAUCUGGUGAUGAUCUUCGAAGUCAUGACACUAGAACAUGUAUCACCAGCUUCGGUGUCUCGAUGUGGAAUGAUCUUCAUGGAUCCCAGAGAAUUGGGUUGGAAAACACUGGCAAAGUCUUGGAUUAAUCAGUGCAAUCCAUUGUGGAUGGACGGAAAUAGAGAUCUCAUCAUGGAUUUGUUUUCCUGGAUUUUCCCGCCUUGUUUGAAAUUCUUAUCACGACACUGUACACAAUUUCUCCAUCCAGGCGAGAUGAAUCUCGUCAUGAGCACUUUGAAUCUCUUCGAAAUGUUCAUUAAUGAAGCAUGUGAUGAUAAUACUGAGGAAUUUGCCAAGAAUCUCUCCACUUGGUUUCAGGCCGCCACGGUGAUGGCGAUCUUUUGGGGCCUGGCCGGGAUUCUCGAUGGAAUUUCUCGUGCCAAAUUCGAUGGCUUUUUCCGGGAAAUUUGGCGAAACGACGAAGAAAUUCCACUGCCUGAAAGUGUGGGUAGAAUUGAAGUUACUCUUCCAACUGAGGGACUCCUUGUUGAGUACUGCUACCACUUUAAACAGAAGGGAAUGUGGAAAUAUUGGCCAGAUAUCGUUCGAAGGAUGGAGCAUGAAGUGACUCCUCUAGGGAUUCAGGUUCCCACCAUUGAUACAGCAAGAUACUCUUAUCUCUUUGAGCUUCUGAUAAAGCAUAAGAAGCCAUUUCUUUUGACUGGACCCACGGGAACGGGAAAGUCUUUCUUCAUCCAGAACUUCCUCAUGAGUAAAGUGUCUCAGGAAGUUUUCACGCCCUCUUUUGUUACUUUCACAGUGAUGAUUUCCGCCAAGCACACUCAGGAACUUAUCCUCGCGAAGCUGGUGAAAAAGAGACGUUGGCAAUAUGGAGCAACGCGUGGGAAAACAGCAAUAAUCUUCGUUGAUGACAUGAAUAUGCCGGAAAAGGAUGAAUUCGAUGCUCAACCUCCUCUGGAACUACUCAGGCAAUUCUUCGAUCACUCCUUCUGGCACUCAGAAGCAAAUCCAAUAAACCUGAAAGACAUCCUGCUGAUCUGCUCCUGUGGUCCUCCUGGUGGAUCUCGUCAAGUUGUCUAUCCGCGCGUCCUUCGUCACUUCAACAUUUUCUCAAUCAAUAACUUCUCAGAUGAAUCCCUCAGUCGAAUCUUCUCAGCACUGCUCCUCAAUGGACUCAAAGCCAGAGGACAUGCGUCAGAUGUGAUUUCCGCUGUGAAUCCCACAGUGGCGGCCACACUGAAUCUGUACAGAACUGCGUCGAAAUCACUGAGACCAACUCCUCAGAAGUCCCACUACAUUUUCAAUCUCAGAGACAUUUCGAGGGUGAUCUCUGGCUGUGCUCUCUUGAGGAAGGAAUCUGUGGAUAACAAGAAAAUGUUCCCAAAGAUAUGGCUUCAUGAAACCAUGAGGACAUUCUGUGAUCGUCUCACGGAUUCAACUGAUCGUGAAUGGUUUUUCAAUGAGAUUUCUACUUCAGUGGAGGAAUACUUUGGGGAGAAAAUCUCCACAAUUUUCGAGGAAUACAAACAGGAAGACAAGGACAUACUUUAUCUUGAUGAUCUCAAAAAUUUCAUGUUCGGAUCAUACUUGGAUCUCGCCACUUGUCCGGAUGAGAGGAAAUAUGAGGAGAUUCCUGAUUUGGCUGCGCUCAAGGAUCUCGCUUUGGCCAGUCUUGAGGAAUAUAAUGCCAAUCACACUGCUAAACUGGAUAUUGUCCUCUUUGGAUACGCUCUUGAGCAUCUCAAUAAGAUCUGUCGCAUCCUUACUGUUCCUGCCGGAAGUUGCCUCCUUGUGGGCAUUGGAGGAUCAGGCAGACAAAGUUUAUCUCGCGUGGCGGCAGGAAUAUGUCAACAGAGCGUCUUUCAGCCUGAAAUCACCAAAGAAUAUGGACUCGAGGAGUGGCGAAGAAAUCUCAAGGAAGUUCUAAGGGAAGCUGGCGGCCUGGGCAAAGACACGGUCUUCCUCUUCAGCGAUAGUCAAGUGAAUCUUGAGGUGUUUCUCCAGGACAUUGAUUGUCUGUUAAAUCUGGGAGAAGUUCCCAAUAUUUACGGAAUCGAUGAGCGUCAGGAGAUUCUGGAAAUGGUGCGACUGGACGCUCAGGGUGGCAACAGGAACAUCGAUAUAAGUCCUCUGCAAGUUUUCACCUUCUUCGUGAAUCGCUGCAAGCAGCGUCUUCACAUUAUCCUGUGCUUUAGUCCCAUAGGAGACUCUCUCAGAUCUCGGAUUCGACUCUAUCCCUCCCUGGUAAAUUGCUGCACUAUCGACUGGUAUGAAGAGUGGCCACCGGAAGCACUAGAAAUGAUAGCUCGUCGCUACAUGAAGUCCAUUGAUAUACCAACACCGAUAAGAGAGUCCGCUAUGGUGGCGUGCAAGAACUUCCAUAACACAGCAAUUCAACUCUCUGGGCAGUUUUUCAAAGAGACCAGCCGAACGAUUCAUGUUACGUCAGCCUGCUACCUCGAAUUGGUGAGAUCCUUCAGGAAUUUGAUGGAAAAGAAGCAGCAGGAAAUUCAGGAGUCCACGAAGAGAUAUGAAGCUGGAUUGGAGACACUCGUUCAAGCUUCCAGCACUGUGGCGAUAAUGCAGAGAGAUCUCAAUGAGCUGCAGCCUAAGUUGAUUGUGAUGGCUGCAAACUCGCGGGAGAUGAUGAAACAGAUCGAAAAGAAGACCAUCGAAGCGAGUGAAGCCAGUGAACAUGUGAAGAAGGACGAGGUGAAUGCCAAUGCUCAGGCAGCAGUUGCACAAGAAUUGAAGGAUGAAUGCGAAAAAGACUUGGCUCAAGCCAUUCCAAUCCUAGAAGAAGCCAUCCAAGCUCUCAAUACACUCAAGCCAGCCGAUAUUACACUUGUAAAGUCAAUGAAGAAUCCUCCAGAAGUGGUGAAACUCGUGAUGGCAGCGGUUUGUGUGAUCAAGGGCGUUCCACCGGACAGAAUCAAUGAUCCUGCCACGGGGAAGAAGAUCAUAGACUACUGGGGGCCCAGCAAGAGGAUUCUAGGCGACAUGGGAUUCCUGCAGUCACUUAAAGACUUCGAUAAAGACAAUAUUGGUGUGGAUAUUAUGAAGAAGAUCAGGAAGGAUUUUAUUCCUCACAAGGACUUCCAGCCUCACAUCGUCUUGAAGGCGUCUAGCGCUGCUGAGGGUCUCUGCAAAUGGAUCAUUGCCAUGGAUCUUUACGAUUCCGUCGCCAAAAUCGUGGCUCCAAAGAAGACUCGUCUCGAAGCGGCUGAAAAGGAAUACGCAGCCACUCUGAAGAUUCUCAAUGAGAAGCGCCAGAUGGCUGAGGAAUUAGAGAGGAAGGUGGGCCUCCUUAAUGAGGAACUCACAGAGGCCAAUCGCGAGAUGCAACGCGUGGAAGCUGAGGUGGAAGUUUGCAAGAAUAAACUUCAAAGAGCAGAGAGUCUAAUUGCGAGUUUGGGUGGUGAGAAGAAUCGCUGGACGCUCGCUGUUGAGCAUCUCCAGAAACUCUACAACAAUUUGGCCGGAGAUAUCCUUAUGUCGUGUGGCUUUAUAGCUUACUUAGCGCCCUUUAGCAUCGCCUACAGAAAGCGUGCUGUGAAAGAGUGGCACGCACUCUGCAUAGAACUCAGAAUUCCUAGUUCUAUACCCUUUAGAUUCACCGAUGUUCUGGGAUCGGAUUUAAAACUGCAAAAUUGGAGUAUUGCUGGAUUGCCUAAAGAUGCUUUCUCAGCAGAAAACGCUACAGUUCUGGACAAUUCCAGUCGAUAUAGUCUCUUCAUUGAUCCUCAGAGUCAAGCCAACAAUUGGAUUAAAACACUAGAGAAGCCGAAUGGAUUGCGAGUUGUGAAGUUCUCUCAUUCUAACUAUAUGAAGAUCUUGGCUGAGUGCAUACAACAAGGAAUUCCAUGCCUAAUUGAGAGUAUAACCAAUGAUCUGGAAGUUCAACUCAAUCCUAUUCUCUUUAGACACACAUUCAUCAAAAAUGAAAUGGAGUUUAUCACUUUUGGGGGCGAAACCAUUGAGUUUUCAUCAAAUUUUCGUCUCUAUUUAACUUCAAAUGCUCGAAAUCCUCACUAUCUUCCGGAAGUUGUGAACAAAGUUACUAUAAUAAAUUUUUCUUUAACCCUGCAAGGACUUGAGGAUCAACUCUUGGGAAUCGUUGUGGCUAAAGAGCGUCCUGAUCUGCAGGAGCUUCGCCAAAAGCUAAUCCUCGAGAGUGCCGAGAACCAAAAGGUGCUGAAAGAAGUUGAAGAUGGCAUUCUAAAAACCCUAUCGACAAGCAAAGGUGACAUCCUUGAGGAUGAACGUGCAAUAAAGAUUCUCGAUGACUCAAAAGUCCUCUCAGUGAAGAUCAAAUCCAAGCAACUCACAUCGAAGAAGACAGAGAAGGAGAUCGAAGAUUUCCGCUUCAGUUACCGUGCAGUCGCUUCGCAUUCAUCAGUUCUCUACUAUUGCAUCACCGAUUUGCCCAACAUCGAUCCCAUGUAUCAGUUCUCGUUGCAAUGGUACAUCAAUCUCUACAUUUUCUCCAUUGAGAAUGCCAACAAGUCCAAGGAUAUCUUCCGGAGAUUAAAGUUUCUCAUGGACACGAUCACUCUCAAUCUCUACACAAAUGUCUGCCGCUCAAUUUUCGAGAAGGAUAAGCUCCUCUUCUCCUUCAUCCUCACCACGAAAAUCAUGAUCAUGUGCCAUCAAAUCCGACAAGAGCAAUAUACUCAUCUCUUGAGAGGUGGUAAAUCACUCAAGGAAUCCCUGCAAAAUCCGGCUCCAACAUGGAUCAAUGACAAAAUGUGGGCUCACUUGCAACAACUGGAGCAAAUGGAGGAAUUCCAGGGUUUUAUUGAGGAUUUUCACACCAAUCUCCCCGAAUGGAAAACCUAUUAUGACAUUAAGGAGCCCCAAAUUGCUCCCUUCCCACCUUCCUGGGGCAAUAAGAUUAAUCGCUUUGAGAAGUUAUUGGUGCUCAACGCUCUUCGACCGGAUAAAACUGCAGCUGCAAUUCAGAAGUUUGUGGCCUGCGAAAUGGGGCCCUUGUAUGUGAGACCCCCUGCAUUUGACAUCACCAAAUCCUUCGAGGAUGCUAACUGUCUCAUGCCCCUGAUCUUCAUCCUGUCGCCAGGCGCCGAUCCAAUUGGCGCUCUCACUCUCCAUGCGGAAAAGAUGGGCUUCAGCAAGGCCUUUGAGACCGUUUCCAUGGGCAAAGGCCAAGGACCAAUAGCUGAAAGACUGAUCAAGAGUGCUCAAAAGGCAGGAACUUGGGUUUGCCUUCAAAACUGCCACUUGGCCACCUCUUGGCUGCCCACGCUGGAGCAAAUUUGGGAAGAUAUGGACGUCCAUAACACUGCUCUAACUUUUCGGCUUUGGUUAACGAGCUAUCCAGUUGAGAAUUUCCCACCGGCGCUCCUCCAGUGUGGAGUGAAGAUGACCAAUGAACCGCCAACCGGAUUGAAGCAGAAUCUUCUGAGAUCUUACAAUUCAGAGCCGAUGAACAAUGAACAAUUCUACACUGGGUGUCCAGAUAAGUACAAAGCCUUCACUAAACUCUUGUACGGUCUGUGUUUCUUUCAUGCUGUUGUGCAGGAGCGUCGAAAAUUCAGUGCUAUGGGCUGGAAUAUUGCAUAUCCAUUCAAUGAGACGGACUUUCAAAUAUCAGUGCGACAGCUUCAGAGAUUCAUCAACGAAUUUGCGGAGAUUCCUUUUGAGACGGUGGCCUAUCUCACUGCUGAGUGCAACUACGGAGGACGCGUGACUGAUGUCUGGGACAGAAGAGUGAUUGGAACUCUUCUGCAAGACUAUUUCAAUGAAAAUGUCGUUACAGAUGUGACUUAUAAGUUCUCCGACACGAGUUCGGCCUUUGCAAUUCCUACAAAGUUCGAGCAUCGAGAUAUCGUUAAGCAUAUUGAGAGAAAUAUUCCAUCUAAUCCAUCAACGGAAGUUUACGGAUUGCACAUGAAUGCAGGGAUUUUCAAAGAUCUGACAAUGUCUAAGGUUCUGCUCAAGUGUUUAACACUCACUCUGGGCACGGCUGAUGAUGAGACUCUUGAGGAAUCCCAGGAGAAUCUCUUAUUGAUAAUCAUGGAGAUUGAAAAGAAACUUCCUGGCAAUUUUGAUCUGGAAAAUAUCGGUGAAAGAUUCCCCAUAGACUACUAUGAAUCAAUGAAUACUGUCUUGAUGCAGGAAUUGGAGAAAUUCAAUGUUCUACUUGAGGAAAUCCGAACCACUUGCCGUGAGAUUGUUGAUGCCAUCGGAGGCUUUGGUGUUUUCACACCACAUCUCGAGUCAGUGGCUUUAAGCAUCAAGAAUGGAGAAAUCCCACAGAGAUGGAGAAAGAAAUCCUUCCCAAGUCUGAAGCCCGUUGGAUCUUACAUUGAAGAUUUACUUGAAAGAAUUUCCUGGUUCGAUAGUUGGUCAAAGAAUGGCAUUCCAGAUACUUUUUGGCUUCCGGGAUUCUUCUUCACCCAAACCUUUCUCACUGGUAUACUGCAGAAUCACGCCAGACGUCACCAAAUUCCAAUAGAUGAACUCACUUUUGACCAUCGAAUUCUCAACGGGGAGGACAAUUUGGCUGAUGGAGUGAAGAUUUCUGGACUAUUUCUCGAAGGAGCAAAAUGGAAUGCUGUGACGCAUCAAUUAGAUGAGCAAAGCCCGAAGAUUCUAAUACAUCCCAUGCCGAAGAUUUAUCUCCAGCCUCUUCUGCAUGGCAAUCUCAAAGUGGAGGAAAGGUACGAGUGCCCCACGUACAGGACAAUGGACAGAAAGGGCGAUCUCUCAACGGCCGGUCACUCCACCAACUUUAUCCUAUCAAUCCUCUUGCCCAGCGACAAAAAGCCAUCACACUGGAUCAAGCGGAGUGUGGCUUUAGUGUGUCAGACCAGCGAUUGAGGACUCCCACGUGGACGAAGUGCAAUCGCUGCAAGUGUGUUUUGUGUCAUCUUAUAGAAUUGCGAAAUAUAUUUGAGCGUGACGUGCAAGACAAAACGGUCAUAAUUGUGUGAAUUGGGACAAAAUUUCUACCGUUAUGCG